CCCUGCCACAGUAAACACAGAAGAGGGAGUAGGAACAACGCUGACGCCCCAUGCAACGAGAUAGGCCCCGCUCCUGUGGUGGAAUCAAGGGCAGAGUCACGCGGGAUCCUGCUGCACUGUAGGGGGUGGACGGGAGGGCUAUUAUUAGAGCUGGACUGUACACAGCGGGCCUCAUGGCAAGAUCGGAGACCCUCACAACGUACGUCGCAGUGUCCCUCUUCGUGAGCGCUCCCCUUUCCUCUCACCUGUAGCGUAGUUCAGAGAGAGGGGGGGAAAAUGCUAAAGUUCCGGCAAAAUCUUUCCUGAUUGAAAGCUGACCAUCUGGCGCCGUCGGAUGCAAGAGACCCGGAGAAGAAUGGCCAGUGCAUCACGUGAGGUCUAUCAUUUCAAAGAUGAAGAGCUCUCAUCCCACCUCCUCACACAGCUCAACUUCUUGAGGCAGGACAGGAUCUUCACGGACGUGCUCCUGUGCUCGGACGACCAGGAGAUCCCCUGCCACAGGAAUGUCCUGGUGUCCAGCAGCCCCUACUUCAGGGCCAUGUUCUGCAGCAGCUUCAAGGAGAGCAGCCAGGCUAAGAUCGACCUGAAGGGCAUCGCCUCCGGUGUCCUCAGUGGCAUCGUCAACUAUGUGUACACGGGCGCCAUCACCAUCACCAUGGAGAUAGUGCUGCCCCUGAUGCAGGCCGCAUCCAUGCUGCAGUACCCCCGCCUCUUCGAGGCCUGCUCAGCCUUCCUGCAGGAGCAGCUCAACCCGGACAACUGCCUGAGCAUGAUUCGGCUGUCGGAGAUCCUUCACUGCGGGAGCCUCCGGGAGAAGGCCCGGGAGAUGGCCGUGCGCAGCUUCUCAGACGUGGCGGCCUCCGAGGACUUCUGUGAGCUCUCCCUGCCGGAGCUCAUGUGCUACCUGGAGGACGACCGCCUUUGCGCCGAGGAGGAGCAGGUCUUCGAGACCCUCCUGGCCUGGAUCCACCACGACCCCUUCUCCCGCCGGGGCGCCAUCCACGACCUCUUCAAGAAGGUGCGGCUGCGCUACAUCCACCCCACCUACCUCUUCCAGUUCAUCGCCAACGACCCGCUCAUCCAGUCCUCCACCCUCUGCACGGAGAUCAUCGAGUCGGUCCGCCGGCUCAUGUUCUCCGUCAGCGCCAAGUGCACCCAGGAGCUGAAGCCCCUGUGGGUGACGCCGCGCCGCUACACCUGCCACGAGACGCUGGUGGUGGUGGGCGGGCGCAAGAACAACGAGCAGACGUCACGCGAGGCCUUGCUCUACGACGAGCGGACCCAGCGCUGGCAGUGGCUGGCAAAGCUGCCCCUGCGGCUCUACAAGGCCUCGUACGUCUGCAUCCACAGCAUCCUGUACGUGGUGGGGGGGCUCACCAUGAGCUCCGGGGACAACGUGGUCAGCGCCACCGUCUACACGCUGUCCCUCAAGACCAAUCAGUGGAGGACUGCUGAGCCCAUGCUGGAGCAGCGCUACGCGCACCAGUGUGUCUCCUAUUUGCACUUUAUCUUUGCCCUGGGCGGCAUCGGGUCUGACAAACAGAUUUCCAGCUCGGUGGAGAGGUAUAACAGCAUGUUUAACAUGUGGGAGCCCAUGGCCCCCAUGCCCACCGCCGUUCUCCACCCAGCUGUGGCUGCAAACGACCAAAGGAUCUAUGUGUUCGGCGGGGAGGACAUUAUGCAGAACCCCGUCAGGAUGAUACAGGUGUAUCACAUCUCGCGGAAUCUGUGGUCCAGACUGGAGACCAGGACCGUGAAGAAUGUAUGCGCACCUGCCGCCGUCAUCGAAGAUAAGAUCUACAUCAUUGGAGGGUAUACGAGAAGAAUGAUCGCCUAUGACACCAAAGCGAACAAAUUCGUGAAAUGUGAAAACAUGAGGGAGAGGAGAAUGCACCACUCCGCCACCGUGAUCGACAACAAGCUGUACGUCACCGGGGGCCGCUACCUAAACGGUCACGACGUGAUAGAGGACUCGGACUGCUUCGAAUGUUACGACCCGAAGACGGACGUAUGGUCCUCCAAGGGGACGCUACCGUACAAACUGUUUGAUCACGGCUCUCUCCCUCUGAUCUGCGUCUCAAACAAGCCGAACCCUCCCUGAGGAGCCUCCACGCUUCGCACGUCGGUGAAUUCGCUUGUGCCAAUGCUACGCAGAGUUAUGCGGCUGUUAUCGGAAAACGUCCUUUGGGGCUGCAUAAAGGAACAUGUUUGACUAUAUGGUAGCACCUGCAGUCUUAAAUCAAAAGAGAUUUCAGCUAGCGAGCUGAGGUAUAGUACCGACCACAGGAGCAUGCUGAAGACAGUACAGUAAAUACAGACUUGUGUACAGCUGUUCUGCCAUAAGUCUGAUCUAAACGCUUUACUGACAGAUCUCUAUGUCCUCCCCCAAAAAAAGAGGCACUUACCCACCCCUGAGGUAUGGAUGAUAUGUCAUCAGUGAUGGUAUACUUUAAACCUACAUACCAUGUCACAAUGAAUGUAGAAACAUUGUUUUAUCUUGUCCUUCAAAUGUGUGCACUGUUCAAUAGAGAGCAUUCUGACAGUAUGGUAGAGGCAUUUGUCAUCGAUGAUAUUUUCACAUGUAAGGCUCUGUUGAAAUGCAUUCCCCUCAAGCUGACAUUCUUGAAAUGGUACACUUGCUAAGUGUCUUUUAACCAGUGGUCAGAGUUCUUUGUUUAGCUUCUGUCCAAUCACCCUGUACAACAAAAUGAUUUUUCCACAUUUGUUUAUCUGUUGUUGAGGAUAUAUUCGAUGAACAAAAUCUUGCGUGAUUGAGGCUGUUUAAAAAAAAAAAAUACAGAAUAGCCUUGGUGUUUACUUUUUGGGGUGUUCUUUGUCCAUUUUAUUUAAGCAGAACUAUUCUGUCAUGUUCAACAGGACAGCAUUCAACCUGCCCUGGCAAAAGAAAUUCUCUCACAGAUCAUACUGUACAUUCUGUCUCCAGGAAAUGUUCAGUAUCAAUUUCAGUAUCAUUUGUACAGAAGGCAUAAAGCCUAAUGGAAUGUAAUGAGGAAAUUCAGAGCCAUUUAUAGUACCUCCUGUUCUUUGUGCUUUCAUUGUCAGCAGCCCUGGAUUUCUUUAUACUAAUACGAGCUGCAUGGAUGCAUAUCAACUACCUAUCAUUUUCUGUUGUAAAGGAGGCCACCCAGAAUUAUCCUGGUUAAAAACCAAUAUUAGUUUGUCUCUUUUAUUAGACCUGUCACCACACUAUUUAUCAUGGUUUACUGCUUGCUACUACAGUAGCAACAACUUAAGACAUAAUACUGGCUAAAAUGAAACCAGUUUUGGACGUUAUGGUUUCAUUUGACUCCGGGAGACCACUGCUAAUGCUGUCAGCAUGGGGCAUGAGAACAUGCAGGACCCACUUGUUCCUACAUGGUUCUGUGCACAGUGGCUUCUUCUUCAGAAUUAUUAUAAAAUUCUGCCUAAUUGCUUUCUCACUGGAAAUAAAAUUAUCUUUAUUUUCUUCUAAUUUGUACUCUUAUUUAUUUAUUUCUAUUUAAUGUCUUGAGUUUUAUAAAUAUUUGGGAAAACAGUAUAUUUAUACAUAAAUGAUAAAGUUGUAGAAGAAAAAAGUGUUUUUUAAAUUUUUACAAUUAUCAGGUUCUGAUCUUUUUAUUGUUUUGAAUAACAAGUGUGCCAAUUCAAGCAACAUUGGAUUCCAUUUUAUGGCACACUUAACAAAAUGAAUUUUGUGAAAUGUUUAUUUAAUGAUCUGAUCUCUUUGUUACUGUUUAAUAAAAAUGUAUUCAAUGUUAUGUGCAUAAAGAUACUGAUUUAAUCGUGGAUGCAAUUAAAAAAUAAAUGAGCUGAUGAUGGGUGAAUGCCAUUCACUUUGAAGCUUAAUUAAAAAGGGAAUCUCAGUGAAUUUAAGCUGAGUUGAGUAUUUUGUGGAUAGACUGUGUUGCAUUUUCAGAACUCAGAUGACAUUAGAUCUAUGCAAGAUAGAGUUGAAGUCUGGAUUAUGAUGUCAGGGUCAAAAGUAUGUUUCAGAACAUGGAAUCACUGUACUAAACUAAAGCCAAAUUUAACAGAAAGACUUGCUUGCAGCAGGGAAUGAGCCUAGCCCAUUGUUCUAAUUUAAACAAAACAUUAUUGGCAAACCACUGAAAUGAACAUAGUCAGUUUUCUUAAUGAAAUUCAUCAUAUGUAUGUUGUCUGUUUUGAAAAAAAUGGCACUUAAUGGUAAAGCAGAAGAGGAGAGAAUAAAACUGAAAGAAAAUUAAAAUCAAAACAUUCGAUCAGCUAACCGUUGGGUAAAUUGUUGCAGCGACACUUAUCCUUAGACCAAAGGGUUGAGAAGGGUUUCGUUUUGAUAUUUGUGUUCCUUGUGAUAGACCAUGUAUAUCAAACAGCUUGUAUAUUAUUCUGGAACUUGUGGUUGUCUUUAAAAGGGCCCCUUUGAAAAUGUAAUUGCGAUAUCAAAUCAAGCAUUUCCUGAAGCAAAUGAUGUUAAAAUGUGAUGUUCCUUCAAGAAAAAAGAUUAAUUUUCGAAUUUAUUCUAAGUAAAAAUUCUGCUCGUCACAAAAAACCUUUG